AUGCCUAUCGAUAUGGCCGUAGACUACCUUGAAAAACUUCAGCGUGUUCAGAAUGCAUUUAAUCAAACUUUCUACGUGGAACUGUGGAUGGCCGCAUUGACAGGUCUUGCCGAAGCAUGCGGAAGUCGAGAGAAUGCAGCCAGUCAUAUCCUGUUAUGGAAGAGCUUCGUAUUAGUAAAAUUACCAACGCUGAUUGCCAAGCUUGAAGCACUCAAACAAGAGCGUAUGCAAGACAUUACUUAUGAUGACGAGGCAAAGUACAGGUGUCACGAAUCUGUAAUAAAUCAAUUAUUUGGAUUUCGCGGUUUGAUCAAUGCUUGUAAUCAACUGCCUAAGAGUAUAGACGGCGAAAAAGCAGUCGACGUGUCAACUGAUAUACUAAAAGUGUGCGAAAAGAAAAAUCUCAUUAGAAUGGAAUUCAUAGCAAGACUUCUUGGAGAUCGUGCCUCAGGAAUGACGUGGGAAAAGUCUGACUCGAUGGACGUUGAGUCAUUGGUUUCGAGUAUUCUUUCCGAUCCUAGCCUAUUGGAUCCUCUAGUAUUUACCCCAAUCUCAACAUUCUCUGAUCAAGAAACUAGAGUUGAAAUUGUGGUCAAACUCGCGACAAGAUGGAGUUCUGAGAAGCAAAUUCGACUUCUUGGCACGCUAUGUAAAAUUCUCAAUGACAACUUUGAGUUACUUAAUGCGAUAUUUCUCUACAGUCAUCCGUCUCAACUGCUUGCUCCGCUGGAUGAAUUAUGCAGCAUUUGGACUAACCCAGAAAGCGAUGAAAUUGAUGAUUAUGUACAAGAUUACGAGAACUUUGGGCAUAUAUUCUUUUUAAUCUGUAGUAUUGUUAAUCGAUAUGAACUGCACAAAAAUCUUGAGGAUGUAUUCCAAGGUACUAGUGGCUUUAUGUACAAGUACUUUUUGUUGACACCCGGGACUAUCACACCAGAAGGGCAGCAAGAUUUAUUAGUAAAGCAAUGGGUCGAUACUCUAUUAAAAGAAGCCACAGUUCCCGACGGUAUAAUAAGGUCAACUCAUCCGCGGAAAAUGAUUGAUCUUGCGCCGGUAAUAAUAGACAGGUUAUGCGAUAAUUGUGAAAAGAAAGUUAUUAGCCAAGAAGUUCUACUCAGCCGACUAGAAAUUUUCUUACAACCUCGUUGGUCAUAUGCUUUAAUCACAAUAUGUCAAUGGCUUUGCGAGGAAUCUUUGACAUUAGGACGUUCUCCUCGUGAAUUAUCUAUCAGCCAGUCGUCCCCGCUUCUUCUUAACGUACUUAAACACCUUGUCCUACGUGAGGAAUUUCCGUCAAUUGUUUCGCGGUCAGUUGGUCAUUUAAUACAAACGACUUUGAUUGGAGCGAAACUACCAGCUUCCGAUGUCGAGGACAUGAGAACCAAGAUUGAAUCAUCACUUGAUUCUGUAUGGCGAACGAAAAAGUAUUCAAUAGAGACUCUUACUCGUCGAUUUCGCAAGAUGUUUCACGUUGUGGUAAUGAGCGGAAGAAGUAGCUUUGUGCAAGAUAGAGUGCUGAGUAUUUCAUGUCCUCACCAUUUUGACGUUGAGUUGAUAAGAGACGUUCUUGAAGUUGGGGGAGCCCGUCUAUUUGUCGAACUGAUUGGGGAGGUAAUAUCAGCUACAAGCAAGAUUGGAGGAGGUAAACGAGCAGCCGAGCUAGGAGCAUCUAUCCUUAUCACACCGCUAUCAUAUACGUCCAACAGCCGUCUGCACCCGCCACAUCUAGCUCAUAUCCUCUUUAGUGACAUACUCAUUGACUUGAUUGAUAGAAAGAUCACAUCAUAUGCACAAGGUUAUAGUCUUGGGCUGCUAACAGCGCACGUCUUGUUGCGAAUAGACCCAUCGGCCAGGGUAGAGGAGAAAACUCUGCAUGAGCAUUUCACCGAGUGCAUACUGUCUAAAUUCAAAAGCGAAGAUGAUGAUGAGUAUGCAGGCAGUGAAGAUUCCAUGGACAUAGAUUGGCGGAGUGGUAAAGUGUACGAUUGGGUGCCAUCUAAUGGGCCCGCUAGAGGUUUUGCUGAUGGGCUGGUGGCAAAUGCCGAAAUGGUUGAGAGAAUAGCUGGGUCUUCCGUAUUCGAAAGAGACUAA